CGGACACCCCGGACUCCAAGAUGGCGUCAGUCGUGCCAUUGAAGGAGAAGAGACUGAUGGAAGUCAAAUUAGGGGAGUUGCCAAGCUGGAUAAUGAUGCGAGAUUUCACCCCUAAAGGCAUUGCUGGAGCAUUUCAAAGAGGUUACCACAGGUAUUACAACAAGUACAUCAAUGUGAAGAAAGGGGGCGUUGCUGGGAUUUCUAUGGUGCUGGCAGCUUAUGUGAUUUUCAACUACUGCCGUUCUUAUAAGGAACUAAAGCAUGAGCGACGACGCAAGUACCACUGAAGAGGGCCCAGUGUGGACUCCACAUUCCUGACCAUGACCUUUGCCCAGCACCUCUGAAUCCUUUCAUAUUGUAAUGUAACACCUAAUAAAAGGUGGCUGGUA